UGCUUCCCUGUGUCUGAGAGCCCCAGCCUGGGAAGUGAACUGAGGCCGCUCAGUUAUUGUUUUAAGUGAACACUCCACAAAGAUUGUACAGCCAUGUAUAGCUUUGUGGAACUUACCUCCCGCUACAGGCGGUUACUUCUGGUUUUUGUUGUCCUCUUCAUGGUAGCCAAUGCUCAGAGAGCUCCCAGUAAGUUGGUUGGACAGAAGGGAGACCGGGGACAGAAGGGUGAGCCCGGUGCCCCCUUCGUGGCUGGCAGUGGGAUCGGCGGAGGUAUCACCGGGCCUCCCGGAGCACCAGGACCCCGUGGUCCAACUGGACCACGUGGUGACUCUGGGAAUUCAGGACCACAAGGCCCACAGGGAAUGAAGGGAGACCCUGGUGUCAGAGGUAUGAUUGGCUUGCCUGGACCCCCAGGCAAACCAGGCCCACCAGGAAGCCCAGGAACGAUCUCAGCAAGUGCUAAUGUUGGACAGCAAGCCUACAAGGGUGUUCUACCUGGUGGAUACCAGUAUCCUCAAGCCUCUGUUCAGGGACCCCCUGGUCCACGUGGUCUCCCUGGUUCCCCAGGUCAAAGGGGAGCACAAGGAAUGAUAGGACCCGCUGGCCCAACUGGAGAACCAGGAUCCCCUGGACCGGCAGGACCUGCUGGACCCCCAGGACCCCCAGGCAGAAAUGGAAACGAUGGUGAUGAUGGCAAAGAUGGAUCCCCAGGACCUGCUGGACCACCAGGAGGAACAGGAGCACGUGGUGCUCCAGGCAGACCUGGCAGCCCAGGAAUGAAGGGACAUGCUGGAUUUGCUGGUCUACCCGGAAUGAAGGGAGACACAGGCUCAAAGGGAGACCGCGGCGCAGAUGGUGCAACUGGACCCUCCGGAGCCCCAGGACUACCUGGACCAGCUGGACCACAAGGAGAGAGAGGACGCACAGGAUCUCAGGGUGAGCAAGGACCAGCCGGAGCAGAUGGCUCACCAGGAUCACAGGGACCAUCUGGACCACCAGGACCCACCGGUGCUCCCGGCAUGCCAGGAAUUCAGGGACCCAAGGGAGAUGCUGGCAGCCAAGGAGGCCGCGGACCUCAGGGUGUUCAGGGCGUACGAGGUGAACGUGGAUCUGAUGGUUCUCCUGGAGCCCCUGGUGCUCCGGGAUCCCCAGGACGUGAUGGCAGCGUUGGAGCUAAAGGACCUGCUGGUGCUGUUGGACCAAUGGGAGCGCCAGGCUUCCAGGGACCCACUGGACCCCCAGGACCUGCUGGAGCUGUAGGAGCCCCAGGUGCUAAGGGAGACCAAGGAGCACCUGGUGCACCAGGUGAUCGUGGUGAGGAUGGACCCCAAGGGCCUGCUGGUGCGACUGGACCUCAAGGAGCCCCUGGAGAAGCAGGACAGGAUGGACCAAGAGGUGCUCGGGGAUCUCCUGGUGCAACUGGCCCCAUUGGACCUCCUGGUGAACGUGGUGCUGUUGGCCCCAUGGGACCUGCUGGUGCCCCUGGUGCUCCUGGACCAAAGGGCAACUUGGGAGAGAGAGGCCCACGGGGAGAGCAGGGAGCCAAGGGUAACGAUGGUGAGCCAGGCCGUCCAGGAGAGCCAGGAAUAGCAGGACCAAGAGGAUUGACCGGUGCCCCAGGAAAGGAGGGACGCGAUGGCAAGCCAGGACCACCCGGCCCAUCUGGUGAUGACGGACGACCAGGAGCCCCAGGUGCCCAGGGACAACGCGGACUUCCAGGCAUCCAGGGUCUGCCAGGAACUACUGGUUCACCAGGUGACCGUGGAGCUGAUGGUGCACCAGGACCCCAGGGAGCUCAAGGAGCCACAGGUGAACCGGGCAAACAAGGAAACCCUGGACCUGCUGGACCAGCUGGCGCAACUGGUGCCACUGGAGAUAGAGGACCAGCUGGUGCACAAGGACCCGCUGGACCAAUGGGCCCACCUGGACCAACUGGAGUUCCAGGUGAUGCAGGACCUGCAGGAGAUGUUGGAGCACCAGGAGACUCUGGACCAGCUGGACCUAUUGGACCACGAGGUGAGCGUGGAAGCCAGGGUGAGAGGGGGCCACCAGGAGCUAUUGGUCCACCAGGUAAGCGGGGUACCAGCGGACGCAGUGGUUCUGAUGGACGCAAGGGUGAUGUUGGAGCCAAGGGAGACCCAGGCUUGCAGGGACCACCAGGACCACAGGGUGCCCCAGGUGACCGAGGACCCGCCGGACCUCCAGGACCAGCUGGACCCACUGGAUCUGUUGGACCUACCGGUGCCCCAGGACCCUCAGGAUCUGAUGGCGCCAUUGGACCCAUGGGCCCCGUAGGUCCAUCUGGUGCUGUGGGCAUGCCAGGAGAACCAGGAGACCAGGGUGAACCAGGACCGGCCGGGGCCCCGGGUGACCGGGGAGAUACUGGAGUCCAAGGAGCACAGGGACCGCCCGGACCUCAGGGAUUUGCAGGUGGACCAGGACGUCCCGGGGCCCAAGGACCUCGUGGACCAGAUGGACCUUCUGGAGACAAGGGAGAACCAGGACCUGCAGGACCUGCUGGUGCCCCUGGUGAUGUUGGACCUGCUGGCGCCCCUGGAGCUACUGGAGCACCUGGAGAUCGUGGAGAGACUGGAGCACAGGGAGCCCAAGGACCUUCAGGACCAAUGGGACCAGUUGGUGCUCCUGGACUCGCUGGACCCCAAGGCUCGGCUGGACCCGCAGGACCUGCUGGAAAUGAUGGCGCCCCAGGCCCACGUGGUGAGUCUGGUGCCACUGGACGCCCAGGUGAACAGGGACCUCAGGGUCUUCCAGGACCUCCAGGAGACAGAGGAGACAGAGGAGGCGAUGGUGCCACUGGUGCACCAGGACCCCCAGGACCUGCUGGACCUGCAGGACAGAUUGGAAACCUUGGUGUUAAUGGAGCUCCUGGACCUCGUGGACCUGUUGGUGCACCUGGUGCUCAAGGAGAGGCUGGUCGCCCAGGCAAUGAUGGAUCUCCUGGUGAGCGUGGAGCUCCUGGUGCCCCCGGAGCCCCUGGACCUGCUGGACCUCCAGGAGAUGCUGGUGCCCCUGGUGAAAAUGGAAAUGAUGGUGCCACUGGAGCCACCGGCCCUCGUGGUGACAAGGGUGACCAAGGACCUACAGGAUCACAAGGUGCACCCGGUGCCCCUGGCAUCGCCGGUGCCCCAGGACCUGCUGGAUCUGCAGGAGAUCGCGGAGACACUGGAGCCCCAGGACCAGCUGGACCUGCUGGCCCCGCCGGACAGCGUGGAAACACUGGAUCUGCUGGACCUGCUGGUCCAGCUGGACCAGCGGGUGACCGUGGUGCAACUGGUGCCCAAGGAGCAAAGGGACAUCCCGGCAUGCCCGGUCUGCCAGGCAUCCAAGGACCUCCUGGUAUUGCUGGUGAUUCUGGCCCAGCGGGUGAGGCAGGAGCUCCCGGACCAAGAGGAGCCCCAGGACAGAGAGGUGCCAAUGGUAAGGAUGGAGCACCCGGUGGCCGUGGAUAUGUUGGAAAUGAGGGCCCACGCGGACCCCGCGGUGAGGAUGGGCCUCAAGGACCUGCAGGACCUCCCGGACCCCCUGGACCACCAGGACCUCCUGGUGAAGUGCAAGCUAGCUAUGGAUUGAGCUACCCGUAUGCUGUUGGCAGCGUUGGAAAGGGAGCUGACCCAUAUGCGGGAUAUUAUGGAGAUGCUGCCACCAAAGCUAAGGCCAAGCCCAUGGACAACAGGGAGAUCAGCCUGGUCCUAGCUUCCUUGGACAAGCAGAUCAACGACCUCAAGAAGCCAGACGGCACCAAGGCCAACCCAGCACGCACCUGCAAGGACCUGUUCUUGUGCAACACCGAAUUCACCAGUGGCUAUUACUACAUUGAUCCCAACCAGGGAUGCACUGCUGAUGCCAUCAGGGUUUAUUGCGACAAGGCAAGCAGCGAAUCAUGUGUGGAGCCAAAGGUUGCAGAAUAUGAAAAACGAAGAUGGCAUGUAGGUCCUCCCAAGACUGUCUACAUGAACUCCGUCAACAGUGGCAAGAUGAUCGAGUACAACGUAACCGACCUGUCUCAGCUGACCUUCCUACGUCUACUGACCACCACAGUCUCCCAGGCUUUCACCUACCACUGCCUGAACUCAAAUGCCAAUCUGAAGCUCCUCACCAGCAUAGAAAACAUUGAACUUACGGAAGAUAGUGAAGAUCCCAAGAACCAGUACGAGGUGGAAGAGGAUGGAUGCUCGGUUAAGGAUGGGGAAUGGCAUGCGACAAGAGUGAGCUACACCACAUCAACAAGGAGCAGCCGUCUACCAAUCAUUGAUGUAGCUACCAGUGAUGUCGGUGGAGCAGACCAGCAGUUCGGUUGGGAGAUAGAGCCUGUGUGCUUUGUGUAGACUGCUACCUUAAAAACCUCAACCACAUAAAUUUCUGUGUGAAUAGUAGCUUCUCAAAAAAAAAGGGAACUUAAUGUGUCUCGGUGCUAGCGGUCAUUGUUUACUUUUAGGCAAUUUUUUGUUUGUUUGAUGUUAAUUCCCCCCUUCUUUUAGAGAACACACCACAUUAAGUGAACUCAGUAAUGUAGUGAUAAGCGAGUAGAUCAGCGCAAUGUGGACCGACCUUCCCAAAAUUGAAAAUGAAACAAUUUUCCUUUAGAUUGAUGUGCAUUUCUGUCGUUCGAAAGAAUUGGAUGCGAAAUCUUUCCAAAGGUGCUUUUAAGUAUUUGUUCUCUUAAUUUUAAGUAUUCAAUCUCCCCCAUACCUCAUCACUGUCAAGUAGAAUCCAAAACAGUGUACUGUAGAUCAUUAAACACCAGAAUGCAACACUUCCUUUCAGAAUAGUUGAAGUUGGAGACAUCUCUGAACAAUGAAAUCAUAUAUAUAUAUCAGUUGCCCAGCCUGCCAAGGAGACUUAGAAGUACUGAAGUAACGAAAACUAAAACUGUUCUUGUAUAAACUAAUUUUGCUCAGAUUUAACACAAAAUAAUCUCUUCUGCUUAGGGAGAUUUUUUAGAAUUUAGACUCUUUGUUACAUUAAGGAUGUGUACUUUGAAACUUAACCCUGAGUGACUAUGAGAAGAAAAAUGAAAUGGUUUUUCAUUACAAUCUGAUGUUUCAGUGUUUGGAUUUCAAAGUGCAGGUCAAAGUGUCCAAAAUCUUGCCAAAGUGUCCCAAAUCUUGCCAACUUAUGCCCAAUAAGAAAAAACAAUUGUAAUUUUUUUAUCAAAAACAUAUUACCAUAGAAGCAGCCACUGGAGACUCAGGUUGACUCAAUUAUGGAUUUGUUCUAACAAUCCAAAGUAAUUUAACCUCUAUUUUUAUACCCGUUUUCCAAUUCAUUUGUUUUUACACCUUCAUAAAAACAAUCAACUUUAUCCUCAUUCCGUUAAGAACAAGAGCAUGCAUGAUGUACAGUGGGUUUAGUGGAAGUUUGUAAUUUUAAUGGUGAACAGUAUUGCUGCAAAAAAAGGGGAAUAAUACACUAUGCAAAUGUCUUCCACGAGGAUGACCUUUGGUGCUUCUUACAAAGUCUGAAAUUUGCCUUUCUUAUUUCUUAGUUCUCUAUUUCUCUGCUGUUGCUUUUUAAGUUGGAUCAGUUUCAAGUGUUGGCAUGUGUAGCGAAGGAGAACAAACUAUUUGUUUUCACUUAUCACUUCUUUCAUCUGAAGGUUUUAAGAACAAACUAUUUGUUUUCACUUAUCACUUCUUUCAUCUGAAGGUUUUAAGGGGUUAACAAUAUUAGUGACGUCUUUCCUCAAUCUGAUGCAAAGCAAACAUCACCACUGGCAGUAACACGUAUUAUUGAUUGCAGGCUAGCACCACAGCCAUGUCGUUUGGCCCAAGUCUUGAAACUGUGUCCAUUUAAGGACUUCAGUGUGUGUGUGUUUCUUGAAAUCCCCAAAAUAGAGUGUGAACUGGGGAGGAUUUUCUUGCAUGAAUAUAUACGCCCAGCUAGUAUCUGCUCAUUGCUUGCAAAAAAAAGAAAAGCUGUUCAAGCUUCCUCUUAUUUUGGUCGUCAUUGCUUAUCCUUAAAGAAAUCAUUGUAUUUGUUUUGCUGUCUACACCAUGUGAGGUAAAAAUGGAAAAAGUUGUGACCCCCGUCCCUGCCCUCCCCCCCUCCCCGAGAAGAUUAAAUGAAACAUUUCAAAGUUUAUAAUACUUCUAUGUUGAAUGGUUUACAUGGCUGCAUAAAAAAGGCGUUCCUAUCAUGUCUAUCAUCUGGUCAUUUGCCAAGUUAAGCAGCCAGAAGCCCACCUGUUCUUGUUAUUAGUAAAAAAAAAAAAAGAAAGAAAGAAAGAAAAGAAACAGACACCCCACAACUUUUUCUUUAAUGGCCAGUAGGAUUGAACCUGCUAUAAAAUGGCUUGGCUUCAGCUGAUUGGCUGUAUAUCAACAAAUUUAACCAAAAAAGUGUAACUAAAAAGUUAGAAAAAUAGAAAGGGGCCAUAGCAAACCAAAAAUUAAAAAUAGUUUGAUCUCAUCAGUUAUUUCUAUACAUGAUACUAACAGCACGUAUCUGUGUCAACCAAGCAACCGAGCAAUAUCAGACAGGAAAAAUAUAUUCUGAGAAAAGCAAAAA